GUUGACUGUUGACACUCGACCGGAAGUGCACCACAGCCCGCUGUGUUGUCUUCUCUCUCCGAGCAGCUUCGUCUUUUUAUCCGUUUUUUAAUAUUUGACGUGACAAACAAACACUUCGUCCAGUUUGUGGCGUCGGUAAAUAACGAGGAUGGAGGAGUUUCACAACGGCAACGAGGGAUCCUUCAACUCUGAGGAGGCUGAUAACAUUGUGAAAGAGUGCAUCGAGGGCGUGGUGGGCGCUGACGACUACAGCCAGAGUCUGGUGAACAAGUGGACGGCCAGCAUCGUGGAGCGCUGCCUCACGCAGCUGGUCAAACAGGGGAAACCGUACAAGUACAUGGUGACGUGUGCUGUGAUGCAGAAAACUGGGGCAGGACUCCACACAGCCAACUCCUGCUACUGGGACACGACCAUGGACGGAAGCUGCACGGUGAGGUGGGAAAACCGCACCAUGUACUGUGUGGUCAGUGUGUUCGCUGUGGCCAUCGCAUAGGACACACUCAUGAAUAGGCACACAACAAAAAGAAGAUUAGAAGAAGAAGAGUGCAGUGUGUCCCUAUGAACAGCAGGGGGCCACCAAGGGCCACAUCCACACCGCUGUUUGUGCACCAGAGGAAACAUCUGGAUGAAAGUGACAUCUUAUCGUAUUUAUCUCUUCGCGUCACUGCACCGUUCACAGCUUCACAUCACUCAUCAUGUUCUGUCACGACGAGCAGCGAGUCGCAGCUUCUGCAGGAAAAUUAAUAAAUAAUAAUAAAAAAAUAGAUUUCUGAACAACAA